CAGCGGUUAAUUGGCAUUUGGCGCCAAACUUUGUGUUUUGCUCAAAGUUGAUAAAAAAGUUAUAAAUUGAUAAAUAAAGAUUACCGAUUAGAAAAUAUCAUACAGGUGGUUUAUGUAAUUUAAGUGUGUGAUAUAAAAUGGCUAGAACAAAAGCAUCAGUGGGUGCAAAAGUAUCGGCAGGAAAGAGUAGUAAAGCCAGAUGUAGUGUAGCGCCUCCUUCUAGUAGCAGUAGUUCUUCAGGCGGCGAGAAAUCAUCCCGGAAUUAUUCAGGUGGCAACCCCGUGUGUCCGAGAGAAACUCCCAAAUGGCAAAAACCGAUCACUAACUUCUUUAUAACAAAUCAAACAAAACCGUGUGAUGAUGGCGAAAUUGCUGGCAGUUCAAAAUCAAAACCAAAAAGGAACAUAAUUCAUUCAGACGAAGAAAGUGAUACGGAAAAAGAAAACAAAGAAAGCAAACAAGACGAGAAUGUAAGCAAAGAAGUCGAGAAUGAAAGCAAAGAAGUCGAGAAUGAAAGCAAAGAAGACGAGAAUGAAGGGAAAGAAAGUAUGAAAAGUACAGAGAAUGAAGCGGAAAGUCAAGAAUAUGAAUGUAGUCAAAAUUACGAAGAUUCGCCGCCAAAAAAUAGAGAAUUAGAUGAAUCUAUCGUUCUAGAACCCCUUUCUGGUGAAAAUAGUCAUAAAUUGGAGGAAUAUUACACGAAAGAUAAAGGAAAAGGUAAAGGAAAGAAAAGCAAAGAGGACAAUAAUAACAGGGUAUCUUUUAAACGACAGUCUGAAGAUAUAGAAUCUCCGAUACCUAAAAAGAUUCGAGUUAACUAAACUAUUGUUAUAAAAAGACAUCUUAAUUUAAAUUUUAAAACCAUUAACUUUAGUUCUUUUUUGUUUUAUGUAAGUUACUAAAUUUAAAAUAAGUUGGUAUUUUCUUUUGCAUUUUUUAUUUAUUUUUUACUGUUCUUGACAAAACCUUUAAAUUUUUAGCAUGAAAUAUAUGUGAAGGAAAAAAAGCAAGUUUUUUAAGCAUCAAUUUUGAAGGAAAACUGCAAAAAUGAUAUUUUACUAUGUAUAACUUUUGUCCUAAGUCUUUGUUCAUACCUCAUUUUAUGUGAUACCUUUGUUAAGUUUUAUUCGAACUAGUAUCAAUAAAUGAAUUAAUUGUU